AUGGCAACCAAUUUUAUAGGCGGCGUUAUUUCAAAGGUUUUAAGGCGAAGAGAAGAUCAAGAGGAUCCCGAUGACCCCCCCGAAGCUGGGGAACGGGAGUUCUGGACCUCCUGGGCUCUGUUCAUCCUUAUAAUACUAUUGAUUACGGCCCUGUUCACUAGCUACUUGCUUAAACAGAAGCGCAUUCAGGCAGUGCAUGAAACGGUUUUAUCUAUAUUUGGAGGAAUGGUUGUUGGGCUUAUUAUUAGAUUUACGCCAGGAACGCUGAUUCAGAAAUCCGUCAGCUUCGAUUACCAGUUCUUCUUCAACCUUCUCCUUCCACCUAUUAUAUUGGCAUCAGGAUAUGAGUUGCAUCAGGGCAACUUCUUCCGGAAUAUCGGGAGUAUUCUUACCUUUGCGUUUGCGGGAACGUUCAUCUCCGCUUUAGUCUUAGGACUCAUCUUAUACCUCUGGACACGGAUUCCCCUCGAGGGACUAGAUAUUUCCUUCGUUGAAGCAUUUUCCGUUGGGGCGACGCUUUCCGCUACCGAUCCUGUCACCAUUCUUGCAAUAUUCAACGUUUACAAGGUCGAGCCUAAACUAUACACGGUCAUCUUUGGAGAAUCUAUCUUAAACGAUGCUAUUGCUAUUGUUUUGUUUGAGACGGCUCAGAGAUACAAACCAGGCAGCGCAGCAGGAUCUCUGACAGUGCUCAGUCUCUUCGAGGCUAUCGGCAUCUUCUUAAUUGUGUUCUUUGGCAGCCUCUUUAUUGGCGUGGUUGUUGGAAUAGGCACUGCACUGGGCCUCAAAUAUACACACGUUCGCCGCGACCCUAAAAUCGAGAGUUGUCUUAUUCUCUUGAUAGCUUACGCUUGCUAUUUCUUCUCAACUGGAAUUCACAUGUCGGGUAUUGUGUCAUUGUUGUUCUGUGGAAUGACGUUGAAACAUUAUGCCUAUUACAAUAUGUCUCGCAGAACACAACUCACGACCAAGUACAUCUUCCAGAUUAUGGCGCAGCUCUCAGAGAAUUUCAUAUUCAUCUAUCUGGGCCUAGACUUGUUUACCGACGAAAACUUACAAUUCAAACCUCUCUUUAUUAUGGUGUCGGUUGUGGGAAUCUGCGUGGCUAGGUAUCUAUCUGUAUUCCCACUAUCCAAGGCCAUCAACUGGGUCAUUCGAUAUCGAGCUGCAAACAGAGGUAGGGACGUGGCAGAUGAACUACCAUACCCUUACCAAGCCAUGCUUUUCUGGGCAGGGUUGCGAGGAGCGGUCGGUGUUGCUCUAGCUGCCGGGCUCGAGGGAACCAAUGCUCCCGCUUUACGUGCAACCGUUCUAGUCGUUGUUGUCUUGACGGUCAUUAUAUUCGGAGGCACAACUGCCCGAAUGUUAGAAAUCUUGGACAUUCGCACCGGGGUCGUUGAAGAAAUAGAUUCAGACGAUGAAUUUGAUAUUGAAGUAACGAAUGGUGGCACGUACUACAAACGAUCUGGAACUGGAAUGGGUCACACCCCACGCAGAAGUGACUUCCAGCUAGGCUCUGUUGAUAGGGAAAACGAUAUCAACAGGACUAGUCAUGGCUUCUCGAGCGGUAGCAAUGGCCGACUCACCCCCCAGGCAGCUGAAGGCCCUGGCACUCUUGCGAGAAAGAAAUCCUCGUAUUCCAAUCGGGAUCGUACUCGAUCGCGAGACGGAGCUUCGACACGAGAAUUGCUCGGUCGAAGUGGAAGUGGUAGUGGCAGCAGUGUUGACCUGGAUAUUAGCCAUGACAGGAGCCGUGCAGGACGAAGCAAAAGAGGCACGGGCGAUGCGGGCAUGAAUAUUGAAGACUUUGACCUAGAAGUUGAUGCUGCGUUCUCUGACGACGAUCUCCCUCCUGCUGCGUCUCAGGCACAACGUGCGAGUCGGGCAAACUCCCAACCCAGAUCGCAUGCUACGACCUCCGGCGACGGGACAUAUGCCAACACUACGCAAGGGGAAUCAUCCUCUUCAUCCAGACCCAUCACAGGUGCCACUGAUGCAUUCCGUGAUUUAUUAACUGGUAAUCGUGACCAUGCUACAUGGUUCAAACACUUGGAUGAUGAAUACAUAAAACCAAAACUAUUGCUCGACCAGGGCCCAGGAUCUGGAUCUGGAUCCGGAUCCGGGUCAGGACACAAGGGAUCUGAUGCUGUAUGA